AUGCCAAUGGAAACUCUAUGCAAUACAGCUUGGGCAGUGUCUUGCCCGGGCAGAGAGAUGGGAGUUUGCUUUGGCACAGGGACUUGGCAAAGUUCGUCGGAGUGUUCGCUGGAAAUGACAGAGCUGGAUGCUUACCCAAGCAUUUUGAGAAGCAAGAAUGGUGAUUGCUUCUUGAUGGUCCAUGUUGAUGACCGUCUCAUCGUCGGCAGCCGAGAUGCCGUGAUGAAACAGCUUGUGCCUUCACUUCAGUUGAAGUAUGCAAUCUCCAUUGAACUCAUGUCGAAGCCCGGGGAUGAAGUUUCCUUUCUUAAGCGCCCCCAUGAAUUGCUGGAAGAUGGCAGGAUGGUUAUUCGAGUGCAUCACAAGCACCUCGAUCAGCUGUGCAAACUCUUGUGCCUUUCCAAAAGGCUUCAGAGCAAGAAGACCCCAGGUCACAGCGAGAUGGAGAUUCCAGACAAGUCUCCAGAGCUCAAUUCCCAUGAUGCUUCGAUGUACCGCACUUGCGUGGGGAUUCUUCUGUACUUGUCAGCUGACCUGCCACAGUGCCAUCAUGUGAUUCGAUACGUAUCCACUUUCUCUUCAAAGCCAACUGAGAAAUCCCUUAUGGCGCUGAAACACCUGGUUGGCUACAUGGCAGCACACCCCGAACAGUGCAUAUCUUUGAAAUGGAAAGGUUUGCAUGCUGGUGUUUUCAAACAGUAUGAGAACGAGGAGCCGAUGGUGGAAAUUUUCAGCGAUGCUGACUGGGCGGCUGACAGAGAGACGAGACGCUCUGUCUCGGGAACUGCAAUUUACGUUGGUGGCUGUCUCGCUUAUUCAAGCUCCAGGACACAGAAGAUCGUGUCACUUUCGAGCGCAGAGUCAGAAACAUAUGCAGCUGCGUCGGCCACCAUGGAUGCGAUCUUGAUCACCCAUCUUUUCAUGGCUUCUCCGAUGUCAUUUCAUGAUGUGUCUGUAUCUGGAUUCAUCAGCAGCAAGAGGUGUUCUUUCUCGCAAAGGCGUAGGUCGUUUGAGGCAUUUGUCAUGCAGGAUCUUGUGGAUGCAGGACUUAGUCAUGGAAAAACGUUUGCUGGUGAGAUCAGUGAUGGGAGCACUCAACCCUGCAGACAUUGCCACAAAGAGACUCAGCGCAGCAAGGCUCGAGUCGUUGUGUUACUUUUUGGGUAUCUGGAGAGGACAAUCUGGAGGGAGCACAUGACCCAGGAAACAUCUUCAGGCAGCUGGGACCCGAUCGACAACAGCUCAGAUGUGGAUGCCUCCGUCUCAGACUGCCCUGCAUGGUCUGAAGAGGGCAUGAUCCAUUGGUUAUACGACCGAUGUGAGAGGAGGUUGCAGAAAGCCGUUACAAGGCAGGAUCCCUACAAAACAAACCAGUAUCUGGCCCGGCAAGGUAUGCUGAGUGAUAUGCUGGCUGCUUUAGAAGUAGCCACCACGGAAACCAGGGGCCAUAUUCAGCAGGUUCUUGAAGACAUCACGGACUUGUCAAGUGAUGAGGAUUCGCCCACGAUCAACACUGGUGGUCAUGCUACAGCGUUGAACUCUGGAGUGCCUACUGGGAUUGCCACAGCGUUCGUGCAUGGAGUGGCUGGUAUGAGCCUAUGUGGAUGCGACAUUGGCGACUUGGAAACCUCUGACAUCAAGAUGAUCCCGUUUACAACUCUGGUUUUGACUGCGUGGACUAUGGCGCUUGGUGGGUACACAUGGUGCUGGCUCAGGCAACCGAUAAGGCCAGUGAUCUUUCCACCAACUACCUUGGUGACCCAUCCAACAGCACCUGAACCUGAGGUCAAUGAAGAUCCACAGAUCGAAGGGAGACUAUUGACUAUUGGUUGCCCUGAGGAGGAUCAAUGGACGCUUGGAGCUUGCACAGCGAAGAGGCAACAACGGGCAAUGCAUGAAGCAUAUGCAAAACCGGACGUGGUUGUUGAGCUGUGUGGCUCACUACACUAG